AUGAGAGAAGCUGACAGAGAACGAUUUGGUAGGCUUUUGGACUGGUCUCAAGGCCACGGAGCGAAGCUGCACGAAAAUGUUGAGAUCUACUGGGACAAUGUCACCCGUUUCUCCUUGCGCAUAAAGCCUUCGCUAAAGUCGUCACUAGAACAGCUUGAGCCUGGAUUCACGGCUGUCACUUGUCCAGUAUCUACGACACUAUCAUACCUGAAUGCUUUGAUCGAUGGGCCAAUUAUGUGCGAUUUCACUUCGAAUAAGCCAACCGUCAGCAGCCCUCCUGCGUUUCCUCCCCGUUUCAUGGACUCGCUCCCUCCCCACGUCAUCGGCCGCUUCUUCUUGAUCAAGGAAUAUCUUAAGGGAGAGAAUUCAUUUUGGUGGCCUUACAUUGCUACUCUUCCUCAGCCAGAACAAGUCAAUUCCUGGACAUUACCAGCGUUUUGGCCUGAGGACGAUAUCCAGUUCCUCGAAGGGACGAAUGCCCAUGUUGCUAUUGGUGAGAUCCAGGCCAACAUCAAACGCGAGUACAAGCAAGCACGCAAAGUCCUCAAGGAAGAAAACUUCCCCAAUUGGAAAGAAUAUUCUCAAAUGCUGUACAAAUGGGCAUUCAGUAUAUUUACUAGCCGAAGCUUCCGGCCAUCCUUGAUACUCUCGCAAUCUGUCAAGGACUAUGUCUCGACCUUACUUCCAUCAGCCCGCGAGAUUGACGACUUCUCUAUCCUCCAACCUCUUUUCGACAUUGCCAACCAUUCAAUGACAGCGACAUACACGUGGGAUACUACAUCAGACCCCAACUGUUGCCAGCUCAUCUGCCAAGAUUCCUACCGUCCAGGAGACCAGGUCUUCAACAAUUAUGGCUUCAAGACCAACAGCGAGCUGCUGCUUGCCUAUGGCUUCAUCCUCCCAGAAACAGAUACGUUACACAACGACUAUGUGCAUGUUCGGAAAAGGCAGCAGCCUGAAGGAGAAAAUGCCAGCAAGUCAGACGACCAGCCCAAAGAUUUUCUUAUCUCGCUGCGCUCGAUGAAUGAUGCCAGCUCGCUUGCCGGUAAGAUAAGACUCACCCACACUGGGCUUGGAAGCAGAUUUGCAUCUCUGCCAGCUUUUGCACACUUCGAGCCUGCGCUUGUGGACGAUCUUGCUUCGGUCAUAUCAUCUCAAGUCCCUGAGGUCAAGGAUGCGCUAGAGCAGUGGCAAAAUGAGAAGCCUACAUCAGAGGACAGAGAGUUGCCAGAAUUGAUUCAGGACCUCGUCGAUCGUGUCAAAGGCGCCCUUGCAGGAAAGCUGCAAUAUGACUACGAGCGAUUGAAGCAGGCAGAGAUGGAAAUGGCUGGCGAAAAUGACGAGCUUCCUCCUCCCUGUAAUUCCAACCAACAGCUUGCAAUCGAGUAUAGAAUGCAGUGUGAGAAGGUCCUUAUCUCUGCCUUAGAAUCGCUGAUGGAAGGGGAAGAGAUUCAGGACGAUGGUGACGGCGAAAGCGAUUCGAGUACUUCGCAUCACUAA